AUGAAGGCUAACAACUUCAAAAGUUCUGAAGUAACUUUAUGCUGGAUGAAUGUAGAAGGGAAGUAUAUGAACGGGUGCUUGCUGAAAAUGCACCAAGAUUUUCAGGACUUGAUUUCUGAUUUCCCUAAUCGGGUUUAUGAUGUGACAUCUUACUUGGAUGAACACCCUGGUGGAGACGAUGUACUUCUCACUGCAACUGCUAAAAGAGCGAAAGAAGAAUUUGAAGAUGUUGGACAUAGCCAAGAUGCAAGGGACAUGUUGAAGAAUUAUUUUGUUGGGGAGAUAGACCCAUCUGCUGCUACUAUACCAGAAACUAAGCAAGAAGAAGAAAGAGCGAACACCAUCCAAAAGAUUAAGGACUUAACUCGACAGUACUGGGCCGUUCCUGUUGCUGUCGUUGGAAUCUCCGUUGUACUUAGCUUCAUUUACUUACGCAGGAAGUGAGGAACAUGUAGAAGAACCAACUCACAUGUAGAGAA